AUGGCUCGUAGAUUCAUCAAUAUAUUCAUUAGAGAUUCCUUUUGGGGCAGACUUACGUAUCACCUUUCUAGCCAUAAACUUUUAAACCACAAAGAGGACAGACCAGACUAUGUUAUACCCGAAAAGUAUCUAACAGGACAUCAAGCUACUGAAAUAGUGGCUAAAGAUGAACUUAAUGGCGAACCUUCUUCCCUUUCAUCCGGAGAAGAGAAAGAAAUCGAGAAAAAUACAGAACAAAUUAUAGUUGACUGGGAUGGAGAUGAUGAUCCUGAAAAUCCAUAUAAUUGGCCGUUUUAUCAAAAGGCGUUCUUUAUUUUCGAAAUUGCCUUCUUGACCACAACUGUUUAUUUGGGAUCGGCCAUUUAUACACCAGGAAUUGAACAGAUCAGAUCAGAAUGGGGAAUUGGAAGAGUGCUUGCUACUUUACCUCUUACUCUUUUCGUGAUCGGAUACGGAAUCGGACCAAUGGUUUUAUCUCCCUUAUCAGAAAAUGCUGUCUUUGGUAGAACCAAUAUUUACAUCAUCACACUUUUUAUCUUUUUUAUCUUGCAGAUUCCCACUGCAUUGGCGCCUAAUAUUGCUUCCUUGUGUGUGCUUCGUUUCCUUGGUGGAUUUUUUGCGUCUCCAGCUUUGGCAACUAGUUGUGCAUCCGUUGGAGAUGUGAUAAGUUUGCCAUAUAUCCCAGUAGGUAUUGCCAUUUGGUCAAUUGCUACUGUCUGUGGUCCUUCUUUAGGUCCAUUGAUUGGUUCUGUGUUUGCUCAAUUAAUCGGAUGGAGAUGGACAUUUUGGUUCAUGGUUAUUAUUACCGGGGCUUGUUUCUUGAUUCUUGGAUUCUUCUUACCAGAAACUUACCUGCAAACUUUACUUUAUAGAAAGGCUAAAAGAUUGAGAGCUGUAACUGGAAAUCAAAAUAUCAUCAGUGAAGGUGAAAUUGCAAAUCUGAAGUUGACCACCAGAGAAGUUGCUAUUGAUAUCUUGUGGAGACCUUUUGAAAUCACAAUAUUCGAACCUGUUGUUUUGUUAAUCAAUAUUUACAUUGCCUUGGUUUACUCCAUUAUAUAUAUUUGGUUUGAAGCUUUCCCGAUUGUAUUUCUUGGAACUUAUAAGUUCAACUUAAUUGAAAUGGGUGUAACUUACGUUGGUAUUAUGAUUGGUAACUCAUUGGGACUUUUCAUUUAUAUUCCAAUCAUCUAUCAAAGGUUUACCAAAAAGAUACUCGCUGGUGAUGAAGUUACUCCUGAAAGUUUUCUUCCUAUGGCUAUUUUUGGCUCAAUUCUUAUGCCCAUUGGUAUUCUUAUUUUUGGCUGGUCCGCAAGUCCUGACACUCAUUGGAUUGGUGCCAUUAUCGGAACUACUAUAUUUUCUGUGGGUUGUUUCUGUGUAUUCCAAACUUUGUUCAAUUAUCUUUCAAUGUCUUUCUGGAGAUAUUUGGCUUCUGUUUUUGCUUCUAAUGAUUUAUUUAGGUCUGUUAGCGCUGGUGCAUUUCCAUUGUUUGGAGCUCCUUUAUUUAACAACUUGGGUUCUGAAAAAUACCCUGUUGGCUGGGGCAGUACUUUAUUGGCAUUGAUCUGUGUUUUGAUGAUUGCCAUUCCAGUUCUAUUCUACCUUAAUGGUCCUAAAUUGCGUGCCAGAUCAAAGUACUCUGGUUCUUGA